AUGGCUGAGGAUUUGACAGCGCAGGUCCUCAAUGCCCUGGCCUCCGCUGACGGACCGAUUCUAACCUCGGACGCCCUCCCCAAUGCGACCCUCAUAUCGGUCAAGGCCGCGGUAGACAGAUUACGCUCCCGAGAAUUCCUCCAGGCGGAGCAGAUCGAUCGGAUAGAAUUGGCUCUUACCGAAGAAGGAGAAGACAUCGCAGACAACGGCAGCAAUGGCGCAAAAGUGUUCGAGGCAGUACGCUCGGCCUUGGAGGGCUUGAAAAUUAAAGAUUUACCUGCUGCAGUAGGCAGUGCCAAUGUUGCCAAAUUUGGCUCUGGAGAUGCAUUCAAGUCGAAAUGGAUCAAGAAGGAGGGAGAUGUACUUAGACCUACAACAGAUUCGAUCCAGGAUGAGCUACAACAACAACUGAGGGAGGUGCGGUCUUCGAAGACGCUGAACAACCCCAAGCUUGUCGCAGACUUCAAGAAGAGGAAAUAUGUGGUAGACACAAAGACAAUCACCUUCAAGAUCUCAAAGGGCCCCAAGUUUUCCACAGAGUUCAUCAAGCAGGAGACAGAUCUCACGGCAGAAAUGUUGGCCUCUGGAGCCUGGAAGACAGUCGAGUUCAAACCAUACAAUUUCAAGGCAAAGGGUGCGCCUACGAUGGCAGGAGCGCUUCAUCCCCUCAAUAAAGUGCGGCAAGAGUUCCGGGAAAUCUUUUUCGAGAUGGGCUUCGAAGAGAUGCCGACCAAUCGCUAUGUCGAGACCGGGUUCUGGAACUUCGACGCACUCUAUGUCCCUCAGCAACAUCCAGCUCGCGACCUCCAAGAUACUUUUUAUAUCUCAGACCCUCCCAAAGCCGACCCUCCACGUGAAGACCCUUCCGACAACACUCCUGGAGCUCUUUUACCCACAUCUCCCAAGCACAAACGGACCAGAUCGAAAGACAAGACCCUGAACUACAAGCAGUAUUGGGAUGAUGUUCGUGCUGUUCAUGAGGACGGCAAAUUCGGCUCGAUAGGUUAUCGAUAUCCCUGGUCGGUCGAUGAGUCUCUAAGACUUGUUCUACGAACCCACACCACCGCUAUCUCGACAUACAUGCUUCACAAACUUGCGCUAAAUCCUCGUCCCGCUCGUUACUUCUCUAUCGACCGCGUCUUCCGUAAUGAGACUGUCGACCAAACUCACCUUGCCGAGUUCCAUCAAGUUGAAGGUGUCAUUGCUGAUUGGGGCUUAACUCUCGGUGGCCUGAUUGGCUUCAUGGAAGUCUUCUUCGGUAAGAUGGGGAUCAGGAACCUGCGCUUCAAGCCUGCCUACAAUCCCUACACCGAGCCGAGUAUGGAGAUCUUCAGCUAUCAUGAGGGCUUGAAGAAAUGGGUGGAGAUUGGAAAUAGUGGUAUGUUCAGACCAGAAAUGUUAGAGCCGAUGGGACUACCCAAAGACAUGCGAAUCUACGGCUGGGGAUUGAGUCUGGAGAGGCCAACUAUGAUCAAAUACGGUGUAAACAACAUUCGUGAACUUCUCGGCCACAAGGUUGACCUCAAUUUCAUUGAGACAAAUCCGGCUGUCCGGUUGAACAAAGAUUAG